AUGCCAACAGUUCUUAUUGUAGACGCCUCUGCAGUUAUCUCUUUAACACUCUCUGAGAUGGGGUACACAAAAGGCUACCUACCACAAGUGAUUGCAGACGAAAUAAAGUGCCAAGAUAGUUCAAAGCUUCUGUCCCUGCAUAUGUGCAAGCUAGAAAUAAGAAAUCCAACAGAAGAGUCAAUAAAAAUAGCAGCUGACAAAGCAGCAGAACUGGGAUAUACUGGACUAAGUGCGCAGGAUAUAGAGCUGGCUGCCCUGGCCCUGGAAGUCUCAAAUGAGUACACGUCUAUUUUCUCUUCUUGGCUUGGGCAGGAUACCCUUGACUCCACAACAGAAGUAGUCGUGGUAACACUGGAUAUUGCACUGAAGAAUCUUGUGACGCACUUAGGCCUGCAGUUGCACGACUCCUUCAAGGAAAACAAUAAAAAGUAUUUGCAACGGUGCUACACGUGCACACGCAUAUAUAAGACAGAUGUGAAGCAAGACUUCUGCAAGUCAUGCGGAUACCACACAAUAAGUAAAGUGUCGUACACUGAGACAGACGGCAAGAUUGAGCUAAAUCUCAGCAAAAACUUCAAAUAUACAGAAAAAAAGAUACACACGCACUACGGAAAGGAAAUUCGCACACAGGACCAAAAGGAAUACAAACAAUAUAAAAGAGCAGAAAGAUACAAAAACAAGAAGAAUGCAAAAGGACUCGAACUCAUUAUAGACCCAGAAGGAUGGAAUUGUUCAUAA